UCGCGUACACACGUAUUGUCCUUUUCUCUCUCCCCGUUUUCGUUUCCGCGCGCGGCGAGUCCUCUCUUUCUUUUCUUCCCUCCCGUCUCGCGUGCGCAUUGUCGAUCGUCCGGUACGCACGCUCCGCGCGUAUUCCUCGCGUACGUACGUAUAACACGUAUAGCUACGCACGACGAAUAUAAUACUUACGUUCGUGCGUGCGCGCGCGUGCAUCAAAGUAAUACGCAAGUACAAAUAUUUCGCGGCGUAAGCUUUUUUUUUCUCCGCACGCACGCGUUUCGCGACCUACCUUUUCCUGCGCGCUCUCUACGUUGCUCUUGCGUAUCCGCGAGUGCUUUAAUAAGUGUAUAUAUAUAUAUAUAUACACACACACACGCACACACACACAUAUAUAUAUAUAUAUACACACAUGUGUACGUGCACGUGAUUUCUUUCUUUUUUUUUUUAUGCAUGACUACUCGCGCACAGCGGCAGACAGGUACGUGGAGGACACGUCGUGGUCGGCCGUCGCGCCGCGCAUCGAGUGCACCGAGUUGACUAACGGAGUGCCGCCGCUCGCGAGUGCCGCUGCUCCGCGAAACACGGGCGCAGGUAACGCGAGGAAAAUAUAUAUACUCGUCUUCUUUUUCAUGCGGGAAAGAAGAGUGUGCCGAUGCGUCAGUGCGACGUCUGCGCGCGACAACGACUCGAGUCGCGUGACCCAUAUACACGCGACGGGUGACACGGUGACACACGGGCGAAAGUGAUUGAACCGAUGCGAAUGGGUGCGCGCACAAGUGUCGCGAGUUUAUCGCAGGAAAGAGCGGGAAAAUUGAGCGAUAUUGGAACCGGCCCGUACAUCGAGUACAGUGUACAGUGCGCGCUACGCGCGUAACAGCUACUAGCGUAGGAAGAAAGGAACGCGUGUGAACAAAACGAACGUACGUGAAUGUGAUCGGUGCGCUUGUUACGAAACUCCUGUAGGCCUGAGAUGUGGCACAAAAUGAAGCGAGCGUAUCCGCAAGCGAUCGAUAACUAUAGCGGCACUAUAGUCGACUCGGUGAAUAGCAAGCGGCCUGUACUACCAGCCAAUCCAACCUAACGGACAACGCGUGACCUCCAGGAGCGGCGUGACGAGUAGGUGGAUGGGUUCACCGACGAUCCCAACUCGUUCAACCGCGCCGAUGAUGUUGAGAGAGAGUCGCGUGACGUUUUUGUAAUACGUUCGAAGAAAGGGUUUCUCUCGGCGGGAAACAGGGAAAAGGGAAAGAGAGAGAAAGCGAAAACACACGCGCGAGGGAAAACAUGCGUUGAAGACGAUGCGAGUGGAAAGAAAUCUUUCAGGUGAUUUAGUAAUGGAACGUCGUUAAUGACGCGACGGUGAUCGACGGAAUCGAUCGUCGUCCAACGAUCGAUCUAGCGUGCAUCGCGCGCGAUCCGGUAUCUUCGUUCCCCUUCUCCGGAACGUUCGAAGCGGAACGCGAAGAGAGUCAAAGUCGAGGAAGAGAGACAAACGCAAGAAGGUAGAAGGGAAGAAGGGCGAGAGAAAAGAAGAGCGAGAGAGGGAGAGGGGGGGGGGAAGGACGAAGGAGAGAAACGGGGAUAAAACGGAGUAACGAAAGAAGGAGAGAGAAAUAGAGAUAGAAAGGAAUAGAGAAAGAAAGAGAAAGAAGAGAUCUUAUUUUUAGCAACGCCGCUUUGCAAUCGCAAAAACCGGUUUCACAGAGUCCACAUCACACAGAGUACAAUCUACAAGAGUACGAAGAAAACCGAUAGCUUUCGCCAAGGGUUUUUGAGGGAGGAAGAAAUACGUAUACAGAUAACAAAGACACGUAUAUGUCUGUCUCUGUUGCAGAGAUAGAGUGAGAAAAGAGAGGAACAGAGAAAUAUAUGCUUAUCAGGCACUUUGAGGUGACAAUUCCCUAGGAUGCGAUUUCUAAAGUAUUCAAAGGUAUAUGACAACACCAGGAAUUAUAGAUAAAGCAGAAAUUGGAUAGAGAAAAUAAAAGAUUCAACAAACAAAUUCAUUGUGAUAUCUGAUUCAAGGCUUUGUGUGUGGGUGUGUGUGUGUGUGUGUGUGUUUGUGUGUAUGUGUGAAUAAAGAGGAAGAUACGAGGAAACAAUAUCACAGAAUCUGGAAUUCGCUUAAUUCAAUACGCACUUCUCAUGCACUCUGCCGCACCUUAUUCCCUCGAACUCCCAGCCAUCAGCCACAACCACCUCUGCCACCCCUUCUUUCUUCAGGCUACCGGCUUAUCGAUUGCAUGCGUAUGUACGUGAUAACGUGGUCGACACGAGAUUCAAUUAUCGACUGUAUUGACGACGACAACAUUUGAGAUUUCGGGAUUGAAGAAACUACCUGAUGACACCUGAAGAAGCUAACUGGUUCCUGUUAAAAUCGUUGAGUUUACGAUCAAAGUUAGACAGACAGGUCCGCAAACAAUGCUGAGAAUGCUUCACGAUUGAGGAAUCGAAACUGUAUCGUUAUCAACGAAUCAGUUCGAGCGGUCUUCAAGAAGAAAUAAGUAAAAAUAAGAUUGACUGACGACAAAAUUUAGAUUACUAAUUCAUUUAUAUCCAGAAUAUGGAUAUAUAUCGUACUCUAGUCUGUAAUCUCUAAUAAAAAUCGGAAGAAUCUAAACAGAAUCUAUAUCGAAAGAUAGAAGAUAAAGAUAUUUUACUUCUCAACGACGAAUAACGAUGAACAUAAAAACGUUGAGCAUUAAAUGGAAAAAAAUCGAUUGUCAAUAGUAUCGAAUCGUGCUAAUGCUUGAAAACACGUUUGAUUUCCGAUCACAUUUUAGAAUACCCAUAUUAAUAAUAUAUCGACGUAUUGAUGACGCGUUCGAAAUUCAUUUGUAAUAAAUUGAUAUCUCCAAGCUGAGAAAGGAUUUAAUGGGAUAUAUUCGUUGAUUUAUGCAAAUAAUCAUCUAUAAAUCAGCAUACAAUAUUAUCGAUGAAGAUACCAAAGCCAUUGACAUCAACGUGAUCAAUCCCGCAUCCGCGACAACUCCGCAGAGAACUCUCGUCGUAGACUCGUCAUCGACGUAAAAGCCGGCAGAACGUUAUCGAAGAAUACGAACGGCAUGAAGAAUGGCAACCAAUUCUUCAAGCACUCGUCAGGGCGUAAGGGCGAUCGCCACGACGACUACCGAUCCGCAGCGGAGCGAGAAGCGCGCCGUCGCGGCACGGGGUGCCGCCGGCGCUCUGGCCCUGAGCGUCGUGGCUCUGGUCGUGCAAUCGGCGACCACUGCGACUCCUACCUGGGGAUACUUCACCAAUCCUGACGCUGGUACUGCCGCGGAGAAGGGUUACUUCGGACCAUGGAGACAAUGUAAACUCCUUCUUUAUGGACGUGAGUGGUGCGGCCAAAGCGUCUCCAGGUUCCAACCAGUGUUGGCUGUGUGGGUGGCGGGAUUAGCUGCCGCUGCCGCUUCUGCCCUUUUGGGGAUUCUGGUCGCUUUGGCUGUGCUUCAAUUAGCGAUGGCCUCUUCUGCGAAGCGAGUUAUAAUUUCAUACAGUACUGCCUUAAUAGGCAAAGUCGCCCUUGCUACAUUGGCAACGGCAUUAUCGAUUGUAGCAGCGAGCCUCUUCGCUUUACAAACAGAUGAUCGAGCCAAUAGUUUUGUCAUCACAAGAGGAGAAGCUUUUUAUAUGCAGUUGGCUGCCAUCGCCUUGAACUUUGGUGUACUGGUCUCUGCCAUUUACGAGGGCAUUUACGCCCGAAGAGGUGGCGAUCCGACUAAGAUUAGGGUCGUCACGGAUCCUCGUGGAGCCACCAUAAAUAAUCCAGGGUAUCGGGAAUAUCAUCAACCCACGAACGGUGGCACGAUCUCGAUGACAGACGCCAGCGGCAAGCCGUACGUCGGUGGGGCCGGAAAUGGAUCGACGGCUUCGGUAGCGACUUCCAGUAGCGUGACUAGCACAGCCUCGCCCCUUAGGAGUUCUCUGAAGAAGCCCAAACCUCUUGGCAUUCAUAAUCCUGGCUUCUCGGCGCACAGCCCGACUUUGUCGAGGAACGGCUCGCAAAAGAAAGUGCGUAUACAGACGCAUUCGACGGAAGUUUAACUGACGCUCUUUUGGCACGUGCUCGUUGUUCGCACGUGAGCGUUUGCUACGUGAUUGCAGU